GCGCGAGGCGGCCAGCAAGUGUCAUUAUCAGUAAUCUUGUGUGAUCACUCGCUACAUGGUGCUCAUACUGCCACUCCUAUACAUCCUCCAUCCAUACACCACCCUCCUCGUUGCUUUCAUUUCCACGAAGCAUGGAAAAUAACUAUUUGGAAAGAUGAAAAGAUAAAAUGCGAAUGAUCACAUGGGAUUUAGAUGCAACCAUUUAUAGUUGGAUGCUUGCACACUUGUUACGGUAACAGCAGUGGUCAGUUAAAAACUAAAAUCCAUUCUGCUAUGUUCACAUAAAAAGUUCAGAACUAUCUUGAAACUAAGAGGUGAGCUCAUGUUGAACACUUUGAGCAGAUACAAAUUCUUGUGUUCAUUCAUACAUUCAUUGGCAUUAACAGCAAGCCUGGCUGAAAAGAACUCAUGUUGAAUCGAUUCAAGACUGCCCUUUAUAAUGUUGUUGGAAGUUUUGACCCAGGUGAUGGCACCCUUGGGGGACUGGGUCCUGGAGUAACUAAUAACCUACCAACUGCUGCUGGAGUUGCAAGGACUGGAGUCUCGAGUAGCAGCUCAAAAGAAAAGAGCUUACGAUUUCCAUACACACGUCCCCACUUCUUGCAGCUUGGUUCUGAAGAUGAGAUUCAGGUGACUGCUGACCAUGCCAUCAGACCAAUUAUAUGUCCUCGUGACAUUUCCAGAUUACCAUGGAAAAGUGGAUAUGCUGAAACCAUUAAUGCAGGGAAGUCAAAAAGAAAUGAGGACCAAGCUGUUGUUCAAGUUGGCCUUCUCACACGACCUAUUAAGAUAGCAGCCAGUUCCCGGACGUAUACCUCUCAAGACAAGCGUACUUUUAACAAACCUGAAUCAGUGAUAAAUGGUUAUGGUGAUGCAGAUCAGUUACAACCAGAAGUACAAGAACAUACUGUUGUGUUAUCACCUCAGGGAUCAACUUUGUCUGCCAGUCCCGCAACAGAGUUAAAAGAAGAUUUUAAUCAUUCUGCCAGCAGCUUUCGUAAGGAAAGAAGCAAUAAAAAACUAUCCAGAAUAGCCAUUGAACAAAAUACAGUAAUACAUCAUCCGUUAGAAGAAACACCUAGUCAUUCAUCCAAGCCACUGCCAAGCCAACCGUCCACAUUGCAGCAACCUUUAGUUUCAUCAGUAUCCCUUCCUUAUUACCUGUUUGGUGUAUUUGAUGGGCAUGCUGGUUGGGGAGCAGCUGUGGCAGCAGCAAAUCAGCUUCAUCACCUUAUCCAUGAGAAACUGUGUGAUGUUAUCGAUAUUUUGAUUCCUGACCCAUUUGAAGACAACAGUUUUAAGGUACAGUCUCCUCUGUGGGCACCUGAAAAAGAAGUGACUGUGGAAAAUGCAGUAACUGGAGCACUAGAAUAUGCCUUUUGGCAAAUGGACCAGAUUAUUGGGGAGGACAAGCACAAGUUCCAGUUGUUAGGUGGAUGUACUGCUUGUGUGGCUCUGUUUAUUCACGGUAAACUGUACAUAGCCAAUGCUGGAGAUUCCCGAGGUGUCCUUUCUCUUAAUGGCCAGCCACAUCCCAUGUCAUUUGACUUUACUCCAGAGACAGAAACACAACGCAUUAGAAAACUGGGAGCUAUGCAUCCUGGGCUUCUUGGUGGAGAGUUCACCCACUUGGACUUUAUACGCCGCCCCUUGAGAAGUGAUCUAGGCAAGCGAGUCUUGUAUCGUGAUCACUUCAUGACUGGAUGGGCUUACAAAACACUGACUCAAGAUGAUCUUAAGUACCCAUUGGUCUGUGGCGAGGGCAAGCGGAGUCGAGUGUUAGCCACUAUUGGAGUAACUAGAGGCUUUGGGGAUCAUGAUCUGAAGGCUCAGUGCUCUUCAAUACCCAUCAAACCAUUCCUGACUCCUGAACCUGAGGUGAGAAUAUUUGAUGUAGCAUCAGCAGACCUGACUGAUGGAGAUGUGUUGAUUCUAGCCACAGAUGGUCUCUGGGAUAUCACAUCUAAGAAAAAAGGGUUUUUAGCAGUCCUUAAAAUCCUUCCCCUUUUUCCCGCUGAAGAUCAUGAUAAAUACAAAUAUAGAUAUACAAGUGCAGCUCAAGACCUUGUCAUGGGUUCUCGUGGAAAGCUUCGAGAUCGUAAUUGGCGUACAAGCAAUGACAAACAUGCAACUAUUGAUGAUAUUACUGUCUUUGUCAUUCCUCUUAAACCAUAUAAAGAGGAGUACCAAGAAUGGACUUCGAAACAAAAAGCAAAUGGUGGUGAUGAUGAGAAAUCUUCCUCACAGAGCAUUAACAGUCCAAAUAUAAAAUGUGAUGCUAGUGAACUAGAAGCAGAUACAGUAGCCUCAGACAAAAAUUUGUCUGAAGAAGAGAAGAGACCUUAUCCCCCAGUCAUGUUGAAUGCUGGUGACUCGUUAAAUCAUGAGAAAGAUGCACUUGAAAUCAAACCACAAGAAGAUUAUUUCAAAAAUGAAGUUAACCAGGAAGCGCAAGCAGAACACAGGUUAAAUACAACCUUACAUGAUACAUAGUAGAUAAUAUCUGCUAGUUUGUUUGUGACCUGUCAUAUUAAUUAGGACAGUGGUACUAGUCCUUGUACAGUAUAUUACUCUGCAGGGUUGGAACUCCUGAGAUAAUAAUGCCAAAGGAGUAUGCUGUAUGUGAUUUUUGCAUGAUACACAAGAAUAUUUUCCACACUUGUUAUUGGCUUCUUUUUUUUUUGUUUUUAAGUCAGAAGUGUCUUCAUUUUUGUAGAGCACAUUAUUUUACCAAAGCAUUGUUGUAUUAUUUAAAAUAUUUAUUCUUAAAUACAUAUAUAUAUAUAAUAGAAAAACUUGGAGAAGUUUGUUUAUGAGUUAAGUAUUUCAUUAGAGAAGGGGAAAAUUUAUUUUACAGAUACAAGGUAAAUAUUUCAUUAAGGAAGCGGGAAUUUAUUUUACAUGUGCAGUAGAUCAUUGAUUAUUCAGCACUGUGGAGGUAAGGUUGCUCUGGAUAAUUGCAGCUUUUUAAACCACAUUGGCAAUUUCCCACCAAGGUAGAGUGACCUCCAAAAAAAGGAAAUACAUUCCUCAUCAUUCAUCCAAUUGUUGUUUUGCUAGAAGUGUGCAGACAUCACAGUUCAGAUGACCCCACCAAAUAACAACAUCCCCACCCCUCCGGAUUGCAGGCACUGCAUUUCUCACCUCCAGAACCAAGUCGUUUUUUAUGGUCCCUCUUGUUUGCACAUUCCAUUUUCACGUUAUUUGUUCAGGUUCUCUGUAUAAAAUGAGUACCAGAUAUUAAACUCUGAAUAUGCAAUUGCUGGAUAAUCAGUGAUAUACAGUCUUAAAGAUUAUUGAUAGGCAUCUGAGAAAUUCUUCACACAUUGUGUCAUUGAAGCUUAAUGAAAAUUAUGUCUUACACCGUAAUUGUUUUAAUGUGUUAAGGGAAAUUUAUUAAAUGAAAAAUGUGAUAGAUUCUGAAAAUGUGUUGGAUAACAUAAGCAUUAGUACAUUUUGUCAUUGGCAAACUACUAAAUAUAUUAAAAUUAGUAGUGCCAGACAUUGUAAGAUACAGUUAUGUAUAAGUACAGUUAUGUUAAUACUGACAGAUUGUGGGAAUAAGGCACAUGCACAAUCAAGACAUUUAUUGAAGAUGUUUUGCCACUGGUAGCAGUUUUAAUGAUAAAGCCACCUGUGGUUAAAUGUCCCCUUCAAUUAAUGUCUUGAUUAUGCAUAUUUGGUUCUUUCCCCACAAAUACAGUCAUCCCUACAAAUUCACUUGCUUCUUUAUUUGUGGGUUUUGAAUAUCCUGUGUUUUUACUGAUGGGCACUCAGUGAAUAGAUUCAGUUAUCUAAUGUUUUUCUGUCCCAGUGGCUUUCAGACACCCAAAUCUGUCUAUUUUGGUCAUUGUUUAUAAAUGUCAGUGCUAACCAUAUCAGAAUAAUAUGUUAAAACUAUAUGGUGUGUGGAAUACAAAAUAAACCCAGAUCAGUAACAGAAUUUGUUUCACACUACAAUUUGUAUUAUUCACAGUUAAAGCAUUCACAGAACUUCUGAAAGCAUAAUUUCCUUGUGAGUUUGGAGGGAUGACUUAAUGUAGUGCAUUAAAUUAUGUACAAGCAGAGUUCUUGGUAAAAAAAAUUCUCAUUUUAUUAGGGGAUGUUGAGAGAAGUACAAAUAAAUCAUGUAUUCAUUCUCAAGUUAACGGUCAGCUCAAUUGUUUAAAGGUGUACUUAAAUAAAUACAACCUUAUUUUAACUUUCUUCAUCUUUGAUAAGCACUGUUUUAGUUUGGAAAAAAAAAUAUUCAUAUUUGUAUUGAAAGUCUUAAUUAAGACUGUAAAAAAAAGCAAUAUUGUAUUGCAUUUACUCAAUUAGAUGACUUAUAAAGCUCAGAUAACAUAAAUCAGUAGUUCUUAAAAUUGAUUGUUUACCUGGAAGAUUUCUGGGAGAGGAUGGGGAAAAGAGUUGUUGGAAAAUGAUAGUGUGAAGGGUUGAAAUUGUAAAUGGAAGAUUUUUUAUUUAUUCCAAUUUUAAAAACAUAUUGAUAAAUUAUAAUAAUAAUGAGUACACGGGGGAAAGCAGUAUGGAAAAAAAAAAAAAGGCAUAAGAUCCACUGACCAACCAUGUUACAAUGUUCCACAUGAGAUGAUUGAAAAAAUUUAUUUUGCAAAAUUCAUUUUGCCAUAACUGAUCUCUGGGUUUUAGGAAUGGAGUAUAGAUUACCUUUGCUUUAUGAAGUUUCACUUAUGCAACUUUGUUUAUGUGGGGCAACUUAGAGUUCUACCGGUAAUUCACUACAUGUUGUAGAAAUUCACUCUUAACCCUUAAACUGUCCAAGCGUAGAUCUACAUUGAGGUGCGUAGUGCCCCAAACGUAGAUCUACAUUUUUUCAAUGCUUUCAAAUGGAGAAAAUAAAGGUCGGAGCACUACGCACGUUAACAUAGAUCUACACUUGGACAGUUUAAGGGUUCAGGGAUCACCACCUCUUGAUUUUUUAACAUCUAUAGAUUGCUCUUCUAUCCAUAGGGUGGAUAGGGAAGCAAUGUGACAUAUGUUACAAAUACAUAUAUAAAAUGUGUGGUAGGUUAAGUAAAUAAAAAAAAAGUUUUUAUGUGGACAGCAAGGUUCAUGUUAGGGUGUGUAGGAGGGAGAGAGAAAUGGAGAUCAUUUUCCAAUAAAAGGCAUUAGACAGGGAUGUGAGAUGUCACCAUGGAUGUUUAACAUAUUUAUUGAUGGGGUUUGAAAAGAAGUGAAAGCUAGGGUGUUAGGGAGAGGUGUGGGAUUAAAAGAUAAUGAAUCUAAUACAAAGUGGGAGCUGUAACAUUUGCUCUGUUGAUGAUAUAGUUGUUUUGGGAGAGUGUGAAGAGAAGUUGCAAAAAUUGAUUGAUGAAUUUGGGAGGGUAUAUAAAAGAAUGAAGUUAAAAGAUGUUCCAGGUAGGUAGGAACAAGAUGAUGAGGGUAUCAAAAUAUCUAGGCAGUGAAAGAUUGAAUAUCAAAUUGAAGAGAGGAAGUUAGUGUUCAAAUAUUUUUGGGUGGAUUUGUUGGCAAGUAAUUUGAGAGAUGAGGUCAACCAAAGAAUUGAUGAAGGGGAAAAAGGUGGAUGGUGUAUUGAGGCAUCUGUCAAGAGAAAGAACUUUAUUCAUAAGAAGCAAAAAGGGAAUUGUAUCAGAUUAUAGGUGUAUAGAUAUGAAGCAUCGCUUUUAACCCUUUCAGGGUUCAGACCCCCUGAUCUGAAAUUUGUCUACAGGGGUCUAAGAAUUUUUAUUUUUAUGAAAUUUUUAAUUUUUAUGAAAUGGUAGAGAAUCUUUUCUGAAGGUAAUGAAACAAAAAGUAUGAAAUUUGAUGGAAAACUGACAAACUUACACUACAUGUAUUGUGAAUUUUGCCGUGUCAGCGGUAUUUAUGCAUUGGCGAUUUUGCCCACUUUGAGUCCUAUUUUAGUCCAAUUAUAUUGUUCCAGUUGACUAAAUUCUUAGCUGUUUUGCUAGUAUGCCUUCCACUUUAUCAGUUGAGUACAAGAAACUGCCAAUUCACCUAUUCCAACUACCCAAUAAAGUGAUCAGAAAUUGGUAAUUUGGCCAGUAUCACACAAAAUUCAGACUGUCAAUUUCAAAAUAGGGUCCAGAAUAAACAAUGCAGACAUUCCUGGCACUAAAAUAACAUUUCCUCUGUUCAUUAGCUACAUCUCCAGGCUUCUCCAAUAUUACACAUGAAUUCCAUUUUGAAUUUUUAUUCACACUAAAAAAUAAAAGAUUUACUGUUUUGCAUUAUUGUAAUACUUGUACAGAUAAUGUCAUUGGAUUUGUGAAUGCAUAUUAGACUGACCAGUUGGACACGAAUUGGACGUGAUUUGUGUACUCUGUAAUGUCAGCAAAAAUCGAAUAUUUCCACUACUUUGAGUUCAGUUUCAAGCUACUUCCAGUCCUGAAACCAAUCAAAAUCAUUUCAAUUUCUGUAAUAAAUCUUCCACUUUAUCAAAUGACACCAAGAAACCUAGAAUAAAUCCACAAAAAUAAUCCGAAAAUACACCGCGAAGUUGCUGUUUUAAACCAAAAACACAGUCAUGGUUUUAUUCCCCCAUGAACUACAUGGGGCAGCCCUUUUUUUAUAUGGUGCACACUUGCCACAUAUACCCAUUCUCUUAUAUUUAAGCCAAUAUUUACUACCCACAGCUUAUAUGAGUGACCUGAGCUCAUGAUAUAAAACUACGGCACUGACCCUUAAGGGGGUUAAACAUUUCAGUGAAGAGGAGGCUGGAGGCAGUAAAAAUGUCAUGCUUGUGGCCAAUAUGUGGUGUGAAUAUUAUGCAGAGAAUUUGUAGUGUGGAGGUUAGGUGGUGGUGUGAGGUUAAGAGAGGGAUUUUUCAGAGUGCUGAGGAGGGGUUGUUGAGGUGAUUUUGACACUUAGAGAGGAUAGAGAAAAAUAGCAUAAUUAGGAGAGCAUAGGUAGGUAGGUAGAUAUGGAGGGGGUAGGGGUCAUCCUCAGAAAGGUUGGAAAGAGAAGAUUGAAAGUGUUAGGGUCUUGGAUAUCCAAUAGGCUUGCAUGAGUGUGGUAGAUAGGAGUGAGUAGAGGCAAGUGGAUCUUAAGAUUUAAUGUUCUGUUGGAGUGUGAGUAGGGUAACAUUUAUGAGGGGAAUCAGGGAACUGGUUAACCACACUUGAGUCCUGUAGGUGAGAAGUAGUGUGUCUGCACUCUGAAGGAGGGGUUGGGAUGUUGCAGUUUGGAUGGUCAUCUGAACUGUAAUGUCAGUAACUUUUUCAUAUUGACAUAAAUAAGAAAGACAGAAUAGGCAUAGGAAAUAACAGUGAGCUUAUUUGAAUGAAAACCUGUUCAAUUUAAGUGUCUUGUGCUAAGUCACCUGGCCAGACUAGGGUUGGAGGGAGAACAGAUGUGUAUUCACAGGCUCGUAAUGUGCACUUUAGUCCAGACAAAGAUGGGCUGGUUGGUUCAUGGUGGAGGGAGGGUACAGGGCACAAGGACUGACUUCAUCUUAAAUUUUAAAAAAAAUUCAUUUGUUUCUUUGAAAACAUUUGUUUUUGGGAUAGCUGUGUUUGGUGCUUCUCUGGUAUGUUAAUAAUUUUUGGGUAAAAAUAAGUGAAGGAAUGUGGAAUUCUCAUUUCCAGUUUUGUAUUAUAUAGGGAUUAUUUGGUUUUCUUUUCUGAUAAUUUCCUCAGUACCAAAUUUAUUUUUUUUUAUAUGAUCAUUUGGUGCAUAUGUAUUUUUUUUUUUUUAUUUAGCUAGUAAGCAUUAGACAUAAAAUGUGUAAUUUCCAAAGUCUCAGAAUGAUUCCCUAUGUUUUAUGUGUUAUGCUGGGUUUGCUUUAAGUGAAUUUGUUUUGUGCGCCAUGACCAGGGAUACAUUUAACACACACAGAGAGGGAGAUUUCUCCAUCUUUGUACCAGAAUGAAUUUUCAACAAUAGGAACAACUCUCUCAGGAGUUUUUGGCAAAUGCUUUGCUGAACUGUUAUGUAUUUUAUCAUUCUAUAUAACUGAAAUCUAAACUUUAUGACUUCUGAUUGACAUAUAAAAUGCAUAAUGGAUCAUAGCAGCUUAAAAAAAAAAAAACAAAGGUUUGUUCUUCUCUCAAUGUAUACAUGAAGACUGCAGUCUGCAACUGAAGAAUAUCUUUAUGGCUUCUGGUACACUAUCAAGAGGCAUGGUUUAUUAUUUUUAGCAAUUUCGUAAUGUAUAUUUUAAAAAGAGCUGAUUAUCCAUCUGUUAGGCCCUUAACAUUGUGUAAGUGUUUCUUUUUUACAUAUUUAUAUCAUGUAGGAAUAAUAAGUAACUUGUAUAGGUUUAUUAAAUUAGUCUCAUAGUUAAGACCAAUCAAAA